AUGUCAGUCAGUAUUCCAGGAGGAUCCAAAGGGUACCCCCCAGAGGGGAGAGUUAUAAAGUCAGGAAGCAGAACGCAGCAGGGCCCAGAAGACCCGAGGUACGCUAGGGAAGUUGUCUCGAUCUCCUCGGCUCCGGCGGCGGGCCGAGAACCCCAAGGAAAACCCAGCCCUGCCUGCCAGGAGUUUAUAACUUUGUACUUUUUCCUCCCUUGUAACGAGAGGCGAGUGGCGCCCGUUUCUGGAAACAAGUAUUUUUCCGGACAGACUUUCCCAAGGUUGAGGGAAUCCCAGCGGCGGGGGGUGGGUGAGGAGCCCCGGACGAGCCCCGCGGCGCCACAAAGCGGGCUCCGGACCCCGAGAGGCAGGAUUCCCGCGGCGCUGGGAGGUGGGCUUAUCAAGCCCGGCAACCCGCGGCCCGGCACUGGCACGGGGCUCUUGAGGAGCGCUAGGGGGCAGGGCCCAGAGCCCCGUUCCCUUCCUCCCCCGCGAACAGUCGCGCAGGGUCCGCCGCCCCCGAGCAGGUUCCAGACUUCGGAGGCCCGGGUUCGAGAACUCGACUGCCCUCAGGCGCGACCUCCCUCCAUCCCCGAGACAGCAAGCCGGGUCUCCGGCUCCAGAAAACCCACGGCCGCGCGAGGAAGGCUGUCGCCCACCCCGAGCGGAAGGUAA